AUGGAUGUGAACGCUCUCCGGGACCGUAUACAGUCGACUCUCGACGCGAAUGCGGACACACGACGACAGGCCGAGUUGGACCUCAAAUAUGCCGAGACGCAACCCGGCUUCACAGGCGCUUUGCUUGAUAUUCUGCAGGGCGAACAAAACAAUGCUGUUCAACUUUCUGCCGUCGUGUACCUGAAGAACCGCAUCAACCGAGGAUGGGCCCCCUCUGAAGAGACCAGCAAUUACAAAAAGAUUCCCGAAGAAGAGCGCCCAGCACUCCGAGAUCGAUUAAUCCCCAUCCUCGCCGCAUCCCCUCCCAAUGUUCGUGCGCAGUUCAUACCGCUCAUUACCAAGAUCCUCUCAUACGAUUUCCCUGAAAAAUGGCCUGGUUACAUGGAUAUCACACUGCAGCUUUUGAACGCCAACGACGUGAAUUCGGUUUUCUCAGGACUUCAAUGUCUGUUGGCGAUUUGCAAGGUGUACAGGUUCAAGGCGAAUGAGAAGCGGAGUGAUUUUGAUAAGAUUGUGGAGCAUUGUUUCCCUCAGCUUUUGAAUAUCGGUAAUAGAUUGGUGGAUGAGGAGAGUCUGGAGGCUGCGGAGAUGUUGCAUACGGUCGUCAAGGCUUAUAAGCAUGCUAUUUAUUUUGAACUUCCGCCACACCUCAAAACUCACCAGGCCACCGUCGACUGGUGUACUUUGUUCUUGAGAAUAGUGGCCAAGGCACCUCCAGCCAAUUCGAUGCUCGAAGACCCUGAAGACCGAGAGUCAAAUCACUGGUGGAAGUGCAAGAAAUGGGCUUAUGGAAACCUUAACCGUCUGUUUGUUCGAUAUGGAAACCCCACAUCAAUCACCAAAAACACAUCGCCCGACGUCACUACUUACGCAAAGUCGUUCAUUACCACGUUUGCUCCCGAGAUUCUGAAGGGAUACUUGCAAGAGGUUGAGAAAUGGGUCAAGGGUCAAUGGCUUAGCAAACCCGUCCUUUCAUACACCCUAAUUUUCCUCGAGGAAUGCGUGAAGCCGAAAACAACUUGGGACCAUUUGAAACCGCACAUGGACACCCUAAUCGCACACCUUGUUUUCCCGUUGCUCUGCCAGAACGACGAAGAUCUCGAGCUUUUCCAGACGGACCCUCCCGAGUACCUCCACAGGAAGCUCAACUACUACGAGGAGAUUUCCGCUCCUGAUGUGGCCGCGACGAACUUUUUGAUUUCCCUUACAAAGAGCCGGAAGAAGCAGACUUUCAACAUUCUGCAGUUUGUCAACGGCGUUGUCAGCAAGUAUGAGAACGCACCGGAUGCAGAAAAGAUUCCUAGAGAAAAAGAAGGAGCUUUACGCAUGAUUGGAUCUUUGUCCUCUGUUAUUCUGGGUAAGAAGAGCCCAAUUGCUGACCAGGUCGAAUACUUUUUUGUCCGUCACGUCUUCCCUGAAUUCCGAAGCCCUCACGGUUUCCUCAGGGCUCGUGCUUGCGAUACAUUGGAGAAAUUUGAGCAGCUAGACUUCAAGGACCCUGCCAAUCUGAUGACCAUCUACCGCAAUAUCUUGGAAUCCAUGGCCGAUCCUGAGUUACCUGUGCGUGUCGAGGCAGCUCUUGCAUUGCAACCCUUGAUUCGACAUGACGCCAUCCGUACAUCGAUGCAACACAACAUCCCUCAGAUCAUGCAGCAGUUGCUCAAAUUGGCUAACGAAGUCGACGUUGAUGCUCUGUCUAAUGUCAUGGAGGACUUUGUUGAGGUGUUCUCUGCGGAGCUUACACCUUUCGCAGUCGCUUUGAGUGAACAGCUACGUGAUACGUAUAUGCGAAUUGUCGGUGAACUUCUUGAGCGCCAGGCUUCGAAGGGCGAUGAAGACUCUUACGGAGACUUCCUUGAUGACAAGAGCAUCACAGCUUUGGGUGUUUUGCAAACCAUUGGAACUCUUAUUCUCACGUUGGAAAGCACUCCAGAUGUUUUGUUGCAUUUGGAAACUAUCUUGAUGCCUGUCAUCACCAUUACUCUGGAGAACAAACUCUACGAUUUGUAUAAUGAGAUUUUCGAGAUUAUCGACAGCUGCACAUUCUCCGCCAAGAGCAUCUCGCCUACCAUGUGGCAGGCAUUUGAGCUUAUCCACAAGACAUUCAAAGCCGGCGCAGAGCUUUAUUUGGAGGACAUGCUACCUGCUUUGGACAACUUUGUUUCAUACGGAUCCGAAAUGCUUGUUCAGAACCCUGCUUAUCUCGGCGCCCUUGUCAGCAUGGUAGAGGAUAUCUUCCACGACGAAAAGGUCGGAGGUGUUGACAGGAUAUGUGGCUGCAAACUCGCAGAGGCAUUAAUGUUGAACCUUCGCAGAUACGUUGACCAAUAUGUCCCCGUCUUUGUUGAGCUUGCAAUGAACGUACUUAACAGUGGUGACGCCAAGACCAAGUCCUACCGAGUUCAUUUGAUGGAAAUGAUUAUCAAUGCUAUCUACUACAACCCGGCAUUGACUCUGCAAAUCUUGGAGGCGAAAGGAUGGACGAACAAGUUCUUCAGCACUUGGUUCUCGAAUAUUGACAGCUUCCGACGCGUCCACGAUAAGAAAUUAUCCAUUGCAGCUAUCAGCUCUCUUUUGACAUUGAAACCGGAGGAUGUUCCAGUUAGCGUUCAGCAAGGCUGGCCUAGAUUGCUGCAGGGAGUUACGAGACUUUUCCAGACAUUGCCUGCAGCUCUUCAGCAUCGCGAAGCUGCUACCCGAGAGUCGGAUUAUACCUACGACGAGGAGGAAGAUGAUCUCGUUGAUGAGGAUACCGAGUGGGAUGGCGAGGUUGAGUGGAACGAUCAGGAUGAGGCCGAGGGCGGUGGUGACGACGAUGUCGCCGAUGAGAAUGCGGCAUACUUGGAUUUCCUAAGUCAAGAGGCUCAGAAGUUUGGUUCUUGGGCAGACGAUGAUGAUGACGACUUGGAUGAAGAGAGUCUUCUCGAAACUCCUCUCGAUAAAGUUGAGCCAUAUGGUCUGUUUAAGAAUGUGUUGCUUGGCCUACAACAAGGACAACCACAAUUAUACGAAAACUUGACAAAGAUCCUGACUCCGGAAGAACAACAAAUCAUACAAUCCGUAUUCCAAGAGGCCGACAAAGUCGACGCUGCUAUUGCUGCCAGUUUAGCGAAUGGUGGUAAUUGA